AAAAGGUUCGCGGGAUAUGAGCACCGCCAGUGCGGCGGAAAGGUCCCGCUAAGCGGGGCUUCCGUCAAACAGCCCGCCGGUAACCUGUUUCAUUACCAAGUCUCUUCUCUCUCAUUGCGUAUUUGGAGGAAGAAUAUUAAACUUACAGCCUGAAUUUAAAAAUAGUAAACCAUGUUAACCCUGAUGAAGCAGGUCAUCAGGCUACUGAUGGUUACGGUACAUCAUGCCCAGAAGAAGCAGAAGGCAUCAGGAAAUGUGAAAGGAGGUCUUUUGGUUUCGGUGUCAGCAGAGACCAGCGGAUCUCCCUCUGACCAUGUCUGUGGCACAGUUGCAGCGGCAGGUCACUGGUGCUCAGGAUGCACAUUUGAAGAUGUUCAGCGUGAGGUGACGCAGAAUUUAGAUUCAUCCAUCUGCAUAGGCUCCCCUGCUGACCCAGAGCAGCUUAGUGAAUUCUUAGACAUAUGUGGACCUCUUCGUUUCCACAUCUCUUUCCAGGUGAAUGGAAGGAGUCAGGUUUCCGAAGGAGACUGUCUGAAGACAGAACAAUUGUUACACCGACUCAGCCUUGUCCAUGCACAAGUGGAAAUUUACUUCAGUUUCAAACUAAAUGAAGCCAUAUACCAGAAAAUCUAUCGCUGCAGGGCGGACAGGAGGUUUGUACUAUUGAGCCGCUGCAUAGGCACGGACAGCGCCCUCUAUCUGCUGCCUGCGCCCCCUGCUGGCCCUAGUGGUCAGUGCACCCAGCUGCACCCUGUUCUGGGUGAGGCCUCCCCCCUGCUGCUUCCUCACUCUCUGGUUGAGAUGGGUCUGUGUGGCACCACCAGCCUCCUUCCUGCCGCGGCGCUCAGCCCCUGCGUGGCUCAGAAUCCUAACUGGCCAGCCCAACUUGUUGACAUACGCAUUUUUCUUUACGGUCCCUCCAAUCUGCCCCUGUUGUGUGAUGCUGAAGAGCAUCCCUUGAGCUUCCUACGUGAUCUCACACAUUUACUGUCCUGGAACGAGUUUGGUCUCUCUGGAGUACGAUGCUCAGAAAACUCUGCAGAAGGCUGUUUGCUCUCUGAGAUGAUCUACACUGUGGAGGGGAGCGAGCGAAGUGCAGCUGUGGGCCAGACUCUCCUCCUCUUCCUCUUUCUCCAGCACAGCGACCCCUUCUGCUCACAGCUCUCUGAUUUUGUUGCCAGUGAGGAGCUUCUAGUGCAAAAUCUGGACCGGAUUCUUCAGCACAACCGGGAGACGGUGAAGUCAGCGCUACACUCUCUUCUCCAGCGCACACUGAGUGGUUCUUUAAAGAGACAAAAGGCUCAGGCAAAGAUGCAGGCUGCCAUCCCCGUCAUCCUUAGCUCGCUGUCCAGUGUGGUGAGCAGCAGUAGCAGCCUGGCUUUCAGGACCACCUGUCUGAACAGCAUGAAGGUGCAGGACACUAAGGAGCUGGGUAUCACCCUGAAGCAGGCUCUCCUGGAUGUCACACAGAACCGAUUCAUGCCUAGCCGCAAAUGUAACAAUAAGUGUUUGCGGAGGGAAUCAGGAGACGGUGAUGUGGACAGUUCUGACCAUAAACAUGCAGCACUGACGCAGGAGGACAGUUCAGGGAGUUUGAUUGGUGCUCUUGACCACAAAGAGUUAGAUCUGGAAGCCUCACACAGCCAGACUGGUGGUGAGUCCACUACUGGGAAGAAGCCACGAGUUGCCGGGGUCAGCACACACCCCUUAGCUCACAAGCAGACAUACACGGAUCCCUGGAAGACAGCCCAGCAUGACAUACCUCAGCCCACUGCCACGGCCCACACAGCGUGCAGCGACCCUGUGCCUCGUUCUCUGGGUCAAGACAACCACGAGGAGGACCAAGUCUGGUUGCACAUGUUUGACUGGGACUGCUAGCAUGUUGCGUUCUGGGAGACUGCUCUGAGACUAGCAUGCUGCAAGGAAUUUGGUCGUUUAACAAAGGCCUUCUCCAUAACCUGUGUCUGCAUUGUUCAGUUCACUAUUAGUUAACUAUCAAUGUUAACAACAGUA